CAGCAGUUGAAUGUAAACUGAUGGAGAGAAGCGGCCAACAUCACGGGCAGAGACUCUGUCAGUCAGCCGCUGCAAUUUUCCAAUAUGUGCAAUUUCUUUUCUCCAGCGCGGAUUGUAACUCCGGCAGACCUCGGCCUCUAAUGGGGAGCAGCCGCAUUAACUAGUGGACACACUUCCAUUAACUGUUUUUCUUUGCCGCCGGCCAGGUCACCGAGCUGCGCACACACUGUGGGUUUAUCCAGCGACUCCCGGCAGGAAGAGGGGCAGCAGAGCGACUGUUUAGUGCCCUAAAGUGGCACUUUUUUCCUUUCCUGUUCUGACUGAGAGAGACCGAUGACGUGAACAGGUGACCUGAAAGCUGAGCGUUAUCUUUCUCUCUAAAAGCCUCGAGGAAGUCUGAGAGCAGAAGAGGAUGAAGCCACCAAGAGAUACUUGACAAAGUGCGGUGGCAUGGCUGCAACAGUGUUAAUUAGUCCGGACUGUAAUGCUGUUUGCAGCCGGUGGGUUCAACCACAAAACAACAGCCGCUGCCAGGCUGAGGGUUAACUAGUCGCAAACACUGCCUCAUCAAAUGACUCUGUCCUGACUCACAUAGGAGUCAGAGAGGCUGCAGGCCACAGUGAUGGGCAACUCCUCCAGGAAGGAAGAAGAAGAAGAAGGAGGAGGAGAAGAGGAGGCAGCGAAGGAUGGAGAGGAAGAAGAAAUCACAGAGAAGAAGAAAGAAGAGGAGGUGGAGGAGGAACUUCCAUUAGGAGUGGAGGAGUUGUUGGAGAGUGGAGAUCCCGUGUUGGACUUGAGCUACCGUAAAUUCAAGCGGCUUCCUUCUCGUGUUUGUGGACUGCUGCACCUGGAGAAGCUUUAUGUUUGCGGGAACAGCCUGCGCACGCUGCCGGACAGCAUCACCCAGCUGCAGGGUCUGCGGAUACUCGCCCUGGACUUCAACAAGAUGGAAGACGUUCCGCCGGCCGUCUGCCAGCUCACCAACCUCACCCGCCUCUACCUGGGCAGCAACCGGCUCAUGAGCCUCCCGCCAGAGCUGACAAACCUGCAGAGCCUGCGCUGCCUGUGGGUGGAGAGCAACUACUUCCAGAGGUUUCCCCGCGAGCUCUACGACCUGCCCAACCUGAAGUCCCUGCAGAUUGGCGACAACCGGCUGAAGACGCUGCCUCCAGACCUCUGGCGCAUGGAGGCUCUGAGGGGAUUAUGGCUCUACGGGAACCGCUUUGAGACCUUCCCCAAAGUCCUGCUACGCAUGGAGUUUUUGGAGAUCUUAGACAUGGACCGCAACAAGAUAUCAGAGUUUCCCAGCCUGAAGCGCCUCAAAGCCCUGCGCCUUUUCUCCUACGACCACAACCCAGUGAAGGAGCCUCCUAAAGUGGGCGAGGAGGUGCUCCUGGUCGGGGAAGGGGCUGCAGAGUUUUUGGAGGAGCGGGAGGCCAGGAAGGAGAGACGCCGAAAGGCCGCAGAGAGAGAGGCGGAGGAGCUGGCGAUGGCCGGAGAGGAGCCGGUGAUCCACGGCAUCCUGAAGAACAGCAGCUCCAAUUCAAAGCAGGCAACAAGUGAAGCUGCGGUGACCAUAGAGGGAACAGAUGAUAUAGAGGGAGAGAACCUGGUGAGGGAGGAUGAGGGAGGGUGCAUGGAAUACGGCGGAGCUGAGCUGGAAUAUAAUGAAGACGGGGUUGAAUAUGAGACGGAAGAGCUGAUAUGUGAGGGAGAAGGGUUCGAGUAUGAGGGAGAGGAGCUGGAGUACGAGAGAGCUCAGAUGGACUAUGAGUAUGAGGACAGGGAGGAGCUGGAGGACAUGGGGAGACUAGAUGAAGGGGAGUGAAAAAGAAGCCUCAAACGUCCAGAUGAUCUGCUGGCAGGUGGAUGAAAAUCCAAAAGAAACGCUUUUGAGAGAAGCUGACACAGAGAGUGUGAGAUUUUCUUAGCUGUGCUGCUAAUUUAUGACCUGUUAAACUGUGAAAAUAAACGAGCCGGGCAUUAUGUUUCCAUAAACUGUGACAUCUCACAAAUGACCAGAUCAGAGCAGGACUCAGGUGGAGUGUGUGUGUGUGUGUGUUUACAGUGUGUAUGGUCCUUUUUCCAUCAUUAAAUAUUAACUGGGUUGAUAAAGUCAGCGUCAGUCACUUGUGGGAAAAUUUUUCUUAGCCGGUGAAACCACCAGCCACUGUUUACUUGACUGACACACUGUAGUAUUUCCACAGAAUCAUGGUCAGUGUCUGUUUUAUGUGCUUGCCAGUGCACCUCGCCUUGGCUCACUGCUAUUUUUACAAACAUGUGCGCAUGUAAAUGGGUGUAUUGGCCUUAGAUUUACAAAAUAUUUAUGAAAUGCUUAACACAAACCCCCACCAACCCUUGUCAGUGUUGUGUAAGCAGUCCUGUGAGUGUCAGAGCCAAGAAAGAGACAAGCAGGAUUAUUAGAGGGAUGAAUAGCUGGGGCGCUUCACCAUAAAAGGUAAGUCCACAGGGAGGCUUCAAAUAUGAAAUGGACUGAUUAAAAAAAAAUAAAUAAAAAAAUCAAGCAGAAGAUUUUUACUAAUAUAAAAAACUAAAGCUCCCUGCAGGUCAGAGACUCAGGUUGGUUGUGACCUUUGUAUUUUCCUUUUUGUCUGUGACUUCACCUUUCCUUCCUCCGUCUCUAACGUGAAGCAGCCCGCUGCUUGUUCUCCUCUCAUCUCUGCACUCAUUAUUCAUGUGGGGCUCGCGUGUAAUCCAAUCCUCUUUCCCUCCGAGUAUCUUUCUCUCACAUCUCAUUGAAAGAGUGAAAUAUUUAUCCCAAUGCUAAAAUAUUCAUGCCUGUGCUCGUGAGGCAGAGUUUCUCGACUCCGGUGUCUGCGCUGAGGAAACAGUUGCAACACACUCCAACAGAUCACUCAAAUUUCACAUGGAAGCAUUUUUUUUUUUACAUAUAUAACUGCACUUAUCAGAUAAAAUUAUGUUUUUUAUAAAUGUACAGCUGGAACUGAAAACUAUUUAUACUAACUAAAAUAUCACAAAACAGUAUUUUUUAAACUUGUCUGGCAAAAAUGACAAAAAUAUCAGAUUUCCAACUUUGAUUUAUUUAUUAAUAAAUUUAUUGCUUCAGCUCUAGUUGUAUAAUUUCCAUUUUUCACUAUUAGAAAUAACAAAAUUAAACAGUUUACUGCCAUAGUAGCAGCUCUGCAAGGUUGUUCUUAGGCACAGCAAUGCUUUGAGCUAAAUGCUAACGUCAGAAAGCCAAAAUGCUCACAGGGUCUGUGUGAACAUGCUGAUAUUUAGCAGCUGUAAUAUUUACCAUGUUUACCACAUUAAUUUGGCUUGUUAGCAUGCAAAUACUUUCAAAUUAGAAAUGAAAAAGGCUUUUUAGACAGAUGAAAUAUGUUCCAGAACCAAAAAAAAAGUCCUGUUGCUGUUCUUUAAAGCUCUUAGGAUUUUUAAAUGAAAACUAAACAGGCAGUAGAGCUGAAGCUAACAGGAAUGUUAUUAGUUUUGCAGGUAUUUGAUAUUUGGGAAUCAUCUUCUGGGGACAAUAGUUGAAUGUUCUGACAGACUAUUCAAUAGUUAUUUCAGUGUGGACCAAAGCAGUGGACCAACCAACAGACUGCACUUCCUAAAAGCUACACUGUCAAUAUAGCAUGACUCACAUUUAUUUUAUUUCUCCGUGGACCUCUGGAAGAUGUAGGCAGCCAGAUAUAUGUGAUAUUUUAUCUAUAUUUUGACGUAAAGCUCAGUUGAUACUGGAUUUCUGGGGCCAGUGCUGAUACUGAUAUAUAUACAGCUGGUUAACACAGCAAACUUAAAAGUCUCAGUGACAGAACAGCUGUCAAGUCAGGGCUAAGUUUGUAAAGGGAAAAUGAUGAAGUCAUUCUUUAUUACCUUUCAAUUAACUUUAUUAACCUUACAGAAAUCUAUCUCACAAAUCAGUUGGAAACUUAGCGUGCAGACACCGCUUGACUCCGCACCACUUUUUGCUUAGCUGUGAUACAUUCUCUGCUACAUGUGCUACAGACAGUACUGAUAGUGUUGCCAACGAUGAAGUUGGAGCUGCCCUGGUGGACAAACUGUGAUGAUGCUUUCUCUCAAUUACACCAAUUAUCUUGUUGUGCAUUUAACUCUGUUAAAAAAAAAAUCCUAUCGGUGCAUAUCAGACAACAUAAACAUCAAUAUACCAGCAUGUCUGUGAUGGGCAAGUAUGAGCUAAAAAAAUAAAUAAAUCAAAAACGC